AUGACUAGUCAUAUUCAAAAAUCUGCUUAUAAUUUGGUAGCAAGAUGGAAUAAAGCAGCAUGGGACCUUGUUGACUUUGAUCUUAUAAAAUGGUUAUUCAAAUGCUGUGAUAUAUCUAUGGCUUAG